ACAAGUGGUGUUUCCGGUGCGGGUGGCGCAUCAUCAGGCAGGAGCAUCCAGAGGUAUAUAAUGGCUGCGGUCUACCCUGUAGAUGUCCAGCAGCUACUGGUGAUAAAAGAAGAGGUUUCCCAUGAAUGUGAAUGGACCCCCAGUGUGAACCAUCCUGACUCAGAGCUGUGGAAAAAUCAAGAGCGAGUUCACUGUAAUGGGCUGGAGGAGGAUAUCAAGAGGUUUCCAUUUACUGUUGUUCAUGUGAAGAGUGAAGAUGAAGAAGAGAAGCCUCAGUCCUUAAAGGUUCAUCAAAACCAAAAUAAAGACAAGAGAGAAACAGAGACUCAAGCGAGCAACUCCUCUGAACAGAGGAAAAUAGAAAUUAAUAAAGAAGACUGUAGACCUACAGUUUGGGACAGACAUCCAAAUAAUAAUUUACAAACAAAUACUGAUGGCGAGGCACCAGAAUCUUCUGAGACUGAAGUCAGUGAGGAUGGCUGGCAGGAACCUUUGUCAGAUUGUGGACCAGAAACUGAUGACAGCGACAGAGGGUUGAACAAUGGCAGAACACCUGAGUCAGGUGUAAAUAAUGCAAAACACCCUUUAAGCUGCUCAUUGUGUGGUGAACAGUUUGUCUGCGAGCAGUCUCUUCAGAAACACGUGACAUGUCAUUCAGAAAAAAGGUCUUCCAACUGUUUGGUGAAUGAGAGAAGUUCUAGAGUGGAGCAAAGUGUCGAUUCUCAGAUGAAGCGAUUUGGAUGUGAUGAUUGUGGUAAACGAUUUAACCAAAAGAAAGAUCUUAGAGUACACAUGAGAGUCCACACUGGAGAAAGACCAUUCUGUUGUGCAGAUUGUGGCAAAAGAUUUAGAUAUCAAGGAAGUCUGAAUGUACACAUGAGGCUCCAUGCUGGAGAGAAACCCUAUGCUUGUGAUAAAUGCGGUAAAAGAUUUAGCCUCAAGACAAAUCUUAACAGACACAUAAGAGUCCACACUGGAGAGAAACCAUUUAGCUGUGACAUUUGUGGACAAAGAUUUAACUAUCAAAGAAAUCUUAACAUGCACAUAAGAGUGCACACAGGAGAGAAACCUUUUAGUUGUGACGAUUGUGGGCAAAAAUUUAACCAAAAGAUCGAACUUAGGAGACACAUGAGAGUUCACACAGAAGAGAAACCGUAUGUCUGUGGCGAUUGUGGUAAAACGUUUAGUUACCAGUGUAAUCUGAAGACACACAUGGCACUCCACAAAGGAGAGAAACAGUUUGUUUGUGGUGUUUGUGGUAACAUAUUUAACCAAGAGGGAAAUCUAAAGAUACACAUGAGAGUCCACACAGGAGAGAAACCAUUUGGUUGCGAUUUCUGUGGUAAAAGAUUUAAUCAAAAGAUACAUCUUGAGACGCACAUCAGAGUUCACACAGGGGAGAAACCUUAUCACUGUGGAUUUUGUGGCAAAAGAUUUAGACAUCAGUGUAAUCUAAAGAUACACACCAAACUCCACAAAGAAUAAAUAAGUAUUGAGAGUCUCAAUGGGAUUUCUUCCCCUAACUACUAAUAGUGAUGCCCACCAAAAUAAUCUCUGCAAACACAAUGAUGUGCAACAGUGUUCUUAUCAGUACUGUUUUUAUUUUUGACAAAGCUAGCCACAGUUUCUAUUUUUCAAGGGUGGAAAAUGUUUGUCAUUUUGUUGCCAAAAUUCAAAAAUGUGUUUGUUUGAUUGUUUUUCCUUGACAUAACUGUUCUUUUCUUAUUCAUUAAUUUUACUCUGCUGGUCCAUAGAAGUUUCUCCAAUUCUCGUCUUUACGUAGCAAUAAACUGUCCUUGAGAGUUCAGUCAGACUUGUGCCACAUAUCAAACACACAGUUACCACUAUAAGAUAUCCUUUUCAUACUAUAUAUUGUCUUCAUCAUUCUGGUAAGUGAUAGCAGUCUGUCAGUCAGACAUGACAAACAUUAACACUAAUAAAGGCAUCAUUAAUAUAAAUACUGGUGUUAAUAAUUUCAGAGUCUCAGCUGAAUGUUCACUACUUAGAAUAGUUUUCAUUUGCUCAUUUCUUAACUUACUUAUUUGCUUUAUCACACAAGAUCACUGAAACCCAGAUUUCCAAAUGAAUAAGCGCCAGAAAUCUUAGCACCAGUUAUCGGCCUUCACAUGUAUUUUCUAACAUGAUGGAAAAUUCAGAUGACGUUGCAUUGCAAGUACCUUAAACCACUGACCAAUGUAAGGAUGGCCUCUGGUAUUUUUAAAACUGUUAACAGAUUUGCCUAACACCUGAAAAGUCUGAGUCAAGCCUGGGAGGAGACGCAAAUCCCAAAGAGGGUUGUGUCAUGCAGGACAUCUGGUGUAAAAAUCAUGUAAAAUUCAGUAUGACUGCAAAACUUCUUUAUGAUAAGCAUAUUGUGUAUUUGUGGUAGCAUAUUUUUUUAUUUUAUUGAUUGAUUUCUACUCAUUUCCAAUAGUAUAUUUAGCUCAUUCAGCCAAAGGACCUGUGAGCUUAUCGUUACUCAUUAGUCCCCCUAUAGAAAUGGUCAAACAUACACGUAAUGGUCUUUGGGCUUUACCUUACAAUGUAAAGCGUCUCAAGAUAGCAUAAUUUCCUUAGGGAUUAUUAAAGUAUUCUCAUUCCGAUUCUGAAGAUCAAGGUUACGUUUGUCACUUUACAGGCAAUAAUCUGUGAAUUGUGAGAAAACUGAGCUGCUGGGUUAUUGACAUUAUGGUCUUGUUUUUGGUAAAUUAAAAAUAUGUAUAUAGAGUAUAUUCCACUUUGACUUUUAUUUAGUAAAUUUAUGAGAUAUUUUACUUGAAUUAACCGUCACUAAUUUGCACAAAGAUAACUACUUUUGCUUUUUUAAUUGUGUUCUUUUACCGUGCUGUAAAUAAUGUUUAAACCUGGAUUAUAACAGCACCAUUAGGUAUGAACAGUGAGAUUGAUGGUGAUGUUAAAUUAAACAGUGGUUUUUGUGUUGGUUAUUUGUGAGGUGUUAUCAUUUUUGUUAUGUACAAUAGUGACAAUGUUUUUGUUUUUGAUUUGUUAAUGAAUUAAAA